CGGUGAUUUUAGUAAGUUGCAAUUCGGAAGCUACCAUCCAGAUUCAGGGCUAGCACGGCGGUCGCGCACCAGAUGGGCGGUCCAUCCGUACAAUCGAGAUAGCCAGGCGCACGAUUAUCGGCCGGACACAGAAGAAGACAAAGGCAAAGUCGGCGAAAGCAAGGGCCAAGCGAGAGAGCCGAGGAGGUGGUGCACUGGGGUGGACGCCAUGCCGCCACGCGACUACAAGGAGGCAAAGGAGGCCUUCGUCUCGCAGCUCGAAGGUGGAUCCGUGUGGAAGAUCAACGCAGUGAGCCUCACAGCCCUCACCACAUACACCCUGUGGGCAACAUUGAGGAGUCGUCGACUCUGCUUCGUCGGUGCUUCUUCUUCUUCGCUCGCCAAGAAGGGAACGAAUGCAGGGGGCUUGGGAGGCGUCUUUUCCAACGAGUGGUUGCUCGAGUUUGCCGUCCUCAUCAUCUCGCUCAUCCUCGCCACAAGCGUGCUUGCGCAGCAUCUGCUAGCGCUGAAUGCGUUUCUGGGCACGGCGGCGGCCUAUGUGCUUCUGCGAUAUCCUUCGCCGACAUUGGCCCUGAGGAAAAAAGAGGCAGCUGCGCCAUCGAGGAACGGCAAGCACCGGAGGCACUGGUCUCAGCGCGAAUCAUCAGACGAAGAAGAGGAAGACGAGGCUGAUGAGCGUAAAGAGCUCCUUCAAAGCUCCAAUGGUGCAAAAGUGGCAUCUCAGGAGGACGAGGAGGACGAGGAACCGUUUCGUGUGUCAGUCGAUUCUGCCGCGGAUCAAGCCCACGCCUCGGCCUUUCCCGCCACGAGCUACAUUCCGCCAGAUGAGCAAGGACGGGAUACAAAGGGAAAAAAUCAAGUCAUCGAGCCCUUUGCUUCGGGGCUUGGCUUGCAUGGACUGAGCGAGACGGUCGUGAGACCAGCGGAUUUGUCGCAGCGAUCCACACAAAGACGAGGGAACGGCAGCGCCGGAUGGGUUUCGCCAGAGAGACGAGCGAUGGGGUCUCCCUUAGAGAGGGUACGGGCGAGCGAGAGAGUGGCCAGUCCACAGAGGGGCAGUGCAACCUUGUCGCACCAUGCUCAGCUCUCGUCGACUUCGUCUUCAUCCUCGUCUCUGCACCUUCCUCCACCAAUGCAGGACGCACAGAACGAAGCCCUCGAUCCAACACCACCCUCUAAAAAGCCGCCCACAUACAUUCCCAAGAACCAGCCUUUCUUGACCGUUUACCGGGCUCACAUGAUGCUCAUGACCGUCAUCUGCAUCCUCGCCGUCGAUUUCCCUGCCUUUCCGCGAGAAUUUGCAAAGUGCGAGACCUGGGGCACGAGCCUGAUGGACCUGGGCGUAGGAUCUUUUGUGUUUUCCCUGGGCAUCGUCAGUGCGUUGCCUCUGCUUCGCUCGCCGCGCCACCGAUUCCAGCCUAUGCGGGCGCAGCUGCUGCGAGACGCCAGAAAGACGCUGCCCCUCUUUCUCCUCGGCGCUAUUCGUGUCAUCAUGGUCAAAGGCGUAGAGUACCCGGAACAUGUUGCCGAGUACGGCGUCUACUGGAACUUCUUCAUCACAUUGGGAUUACUUCCCUUCUUCGGAACGCUGUGCAGACCAAUGGCGAAGCACGCGCGCUUCUCUGUCAUGGGACUUUUCGUCUCCGUCGUUCACCAAGUCGUUCUCUGGACAACGGCGCUCCAGUCUUGGGCGAUUUCUGAUGGACCCCGACCGGACCUCUUGACGCAGAACAAGGAGGGCAUCACGAGCCUGCCCGGCUACUUUGCCUUGUUUUUGCUAGGCUUGGAUCUCGGCCAUUAUGUCCUGCCCCGUGACCCAUACCUCGCGUACCGCCGCCCAUCAAAAAGCCGACAGAGGGCCAAGACGGACAAGCUGGCGAUGGUUCUGGCAAGCUUCUCCUUGUUGUGGUGGGGCGCCUACGGGCUCGCUCGCUUGCUUGGCUUCUUUGUUAGUCGGAGACUGGCAAAUUUGGCUUACGUGCUCUGGGUCACGGCAUAUAAUUCUUCCUUCAUUCUCGCCUACGUCUGCAUCUACAUGAUUAUCCUCGAGCCAGCCGCAAAGGCCGAGAGGCAGCUGAGGGAGUCAGCAGCAGCUGCAGAUGACGAGCAAGCGAGGUCGAAAAGGGGACGCGGAAAUGAAACAGUGGCAGCUGACACAGGAGAGGGUCGCAGCGAAGACGAGGACGAAGAAGACUCGUUGACACCAUCGCUGUUGAAGUCGCUCAAUUCGCACGCUUUUGCCGUGUUUCUCAUCGCCAAUCUCCUCACAGGCACCGUCAAUCUGACCCUGCAGACCAUGUAUUCUUCCGACACCGUCGCAGUCAUCAUCCUCCUCCUCUACACAGGCGUAUCGCUCGCGAGCGCCUCUGUCCUGGAUGUGUUAGGCUGGAGGCUCAAGAUGUGAUAGUCUCUCAUAUAGUUGCAUCGCAUGUAGAACCAUUUCGAGCAAAGCUUUUGUAAUGCACAAAAUUAGCUAC